CCAAACACAAUGGAAAGUGAAGGAACUGCGCAAUCUCAAACAACAAGUGGUAAAGAAAAACAAGCUCAUAGGCUAUGGACCCAUAAGGAAGAGGAGUGCCUACUUGCUGCCAUGAUGGAGUGUAUCUCCGAUAAGUAUAGAGCUCAUAAUGGUUUCAAACAAGGCUUCUUCAAUAAAGUUGAGAAGGAGUUGAAAAAGAGAUUGCCCGGAACGACACUUAAAACUCAACCCAAUAUCGAGUCGAAGGUGAAAAAUUGGAAGAAAAAGUAUGGUGUAAUUCUCGACAUCACACGUAUUAGUGGGUUCGAUUGAAACUAUGCAACUAAUUCCAUUCAAGUGGAUUCCGAAGAGGUGUGCAAAGAAUAUGAGAAGUCUCAUCCGAAGGCGAAAGGGAUAAAUGGGAAGGUUUUCCCCAUGUACGAGAGUUGGCAAAUAUUAUUUGGGAGGGAUAGGGUCACCAGUAAAAUAGCCAAGGAUGCGGCGGAACUUGACGAUAUUCAGGCCGAUCUCGUUGAAACUCUUAACCCCGAUGACUUAUUCAAUGAUUACUAUACUCCAUUGUUUGCAAAUGGUGACCCGGCAUUUGUUGACAUAUCAACUUUUGUUGGGACUCUAACAAGUAAUGCCAUUCCUGCCACUCCAAGAACCAAUAUGAACACUUCGGUGACCAAUGUCGUGCCGGAAAGGCCAAAGAAGAAGGCAAAGGUGGACGCAAAAGAGGCGUCCAUUCAUGACGCAUUAGGGAAUUUUAUGGCUCAAAGCAAUACGACAUUUCUUAAGAUCGCUAAUUUAGUUGGAUAUGAGGACCGACUCUCUGCCAAAAAAGAGAGGGUGUUUGCUGAGCUUGAGAAGCUUGACCUUGAGUUGCUUGAUAUGUUUUUUGCACACGCCAUAAUUGUGUCGACAGAAUAAAAUGUGGACACGUUUUAUGGUGUACCAGAAAACUA